GCCUCAAUUGGCAUUGUUGAUCCUGUCAAGGAAUACGAGAAGCGCCUGGCAGGUACAUUCUUACAUUCAUCAUUCAAAAAACUAUCUGGAAAGGGCUCGAACUUUUGGAGAAAACAUUCAUAGCUUUCGAAACAAACCGUCAAGAUGUGGCUCAAGCCUAUUAUCCUGCUCACCUCUGCUUUCUUCCUGCGCUCAGCUACCUGUUCUCCUACUCCCGAACUAUCAUCCCUCACAACAGAUUAUGACGUUAUUGUCGUAGGUGGCGGGCCUUCAGGGCUCGGUGCUCUCAGCUCCCUUGGACGCAUUCGCCGCAAGGCCUUAAUGAUCGACUCUGCCCAAUAUCGCAAUGCGCCAACGCGACUCAUGCACGACGUUGCUGGUUUUGAUGGUUUUUGGUCUCUUCUGACAGUACUUCUGAGCUAUCUUCUGACUGAGUGCAGGUGUAACGCCGGCGUAUUAUCGGUGGUCUGCCAUGCAACAGAUUGCCCACUACUCGACUGUCAGUGCAAUGAAUGGAACUGUGACCAGAAUUCAGCCCGAAGCGAACUACACAUUCUUUAAUGUAUCAAGUAUAGAGUUAGAUGGCACAGCUUCUACUUAUACCGCCAGGAAAGUCAUCUUGGCGACUGGUCUACGAGACCUUGUUCCGGAAACACCUGGGCUUCAAGAGAACUUCGGGAAGGGUGUCUACUGGUGCCCUUAUUGCGAUGGGAUCGAACAUGCCGAUCAGUCAAUGGGUAUUCUUGGUCCUCUUGACAUGGUUAUCGAGGCAGCUGCCGAGGCUAUCACUCUGAACUCCGAUAUUGUGAUUUUCGCCAACGGCACCGAUACGCCUGAAUACCGUUCAAAAGCUGACAAGCAGUUUGCUGAAAACUCAUCUGAAUAUCUUCGAAGAAGGAACAUCAAAGUCGAUAAUCGUACUAUAACUCGUAUCACUAGACUACAAGACGGCGGAGCACAUGAGAGGGAUCCGAGUUUACCAAUGGUACCUGAACAUGAUCUCUUUAGAGUCGAACUUGACGACUUUGGGCGCGUGGAGCGUCAGGUACUCUUUACGGUUUUCGGCAGCGAGCAACGGUCUCCGCUUGGAGAAAUGCUCGGAGUCAGUAUGGCUAAUGGCAUGAUGGAAGUGGAUCGCAUAAGCAUGCGUACAAAUGUGCCUGGCAUCUAUGCUGUUGGCGAUGCGAGUACUGACAAAAGCACCAAUGUCUUACAUUCACUUUAUACCGGGAAAAUAGCAGUUGUGGAUAUUCAGAUGGAAUUGGAAAGGGAGAUAAGCAGGUCGUUAAAUUCCCAGGCUCAGAUUAACCUGGAGAAGAAAGUCGGUCACGAUGAACGAAGGAAGCUUUGGAGACAGAUGAGCGAGCAAGCUGGAGAGAUCCUGGACUUGUAGAUGUUUGGACCAAAAACUGGAUUUAUAUACCGUAGAUUGAAAUAAUUGAAUCAACUCGUCUCAUUUUUUGCGCAUA